AUGUCGCCACUACCGCGGGUACUACAUGAAAACAAAAAAAUGAGGUUUCUAUGUCAACUAUCAAUUAUCCCUCUUCUAUUUGGAGCUAUGGUCAUUUGUCAGCAUGAAGGUUAUGAUUUUGAGGAUGAAUAUGACCAAGAGCCAGAUGAUGAAUACCCACCUAUUUUUCAUUUUAAUCCCAGUGUAGAAUAUGUAGUUCCUCAUUUUCCUACUCCAGCCAAGUGUGCUCAAGAAUGCUUUUGCCCACCAAAUUUUCCAUUAUCAAUUUAUUGUGACCAUCGGAAACUUAAGAUGAUACCACAUAUUCCUUCCCACAUCCAACAACUCUAUCUUCAGCAUAAUUACAUUGAAGCUGUGACUGCAGAAUCUUUUGUUAAUGCCACUGCCUUGAGAGAAAUUAACCUUAGCCAUAACAAAAUUAAAUCUCAUAUGAUUGACCAUGGUGUUUUUGCCAAACUUUCAAAUCUUGUGCAACUUCACUUAGAACACAAUAAAUUGGAUGAAUUUCCAUUUCCUCUUCCCAGCUCUCUAGAACGACUCUUUCUCAGUUCCAAUGAGAUUUCCAGAUUACCUGGAAAUGCCCUGCAAGGGUUAGUAAAUGUGACCAUGCUUGAUCUCUGCAAUAACUAUCUUGAUGACUCCCUACUCAAAGGAAAAUACUUUUCAAAUAUGAAAAAUCUAAUGCAGAUCAACCUAUGUAACAACAGAUUACAGACUAUGCCUCCUGAUCUCCCAUUUUCACUUAUAUAUCUCUCUCUCGAAAAUAACUUAAUUUCUUACAUUCCAGAAAACUAUUUCAAUAGACUUCCAAAAAUAACUGCUCUAAGAAUGUCACACAACAACCUGCAGGAAGUCCCAUAUAAUGUUUUUAACCUUUCCAACCUUGUAGAACUCAAUCUUGGACACAACAAGCUGAAGCAAGCAUUCUAUAUUCCAAGAAGUCUGCAGCAUUUGUAUAUUGAAGACAAUGACAUUGAAUUUGUAAAUAUUACUUUGAUGUGUCCUUCCAUUGAUCCAAGGAAUAUCAAUCAUUUAACCUAUAUUCGGAUGGACCAAAAUAAGCUUACAGCUCCAAUAAGCACAUAUGCAUUCUUUUGCUUUCCCCACAUACGCAUUAUUUAUUAUGGUGAACAAAAAGGUAGUGUCAGCCAAUCAACACAACUGAGAACUCCAGUUGUCCGCAGAUUUUUAACACCAGAAGAAUAUGAUGAAGCAGAAGAUGGUCAUGAAACAGAAGAUGGUCAUGAAGAAGGAGAAAGAGAAGAUGACUAUUUUCAUCCUUACUUUUAA